CAGGCGAUGCCGUGAAACAAACAAUCUCCAUGGAAACUCAACAGUAGUAACACAAACAUGAGAAAAGACGUCAUUUGGCCAGAGACUAUCUGCCAGGUUCUUUGCCUUUUUUUCCGCGAUUCUUCCCGACUCCAGUUCAUUGGUGAAUGGUAGAGUGAAAAAAGGUGCCCCUAAUUAAUUGAAUUAAUAAACUUUCGGCAUGGAUGAUUACGCGCCAAGUCGCUACAAAGUGCUGUGCAAAAUUGGUGAAGGUGUCCACGGGGUGGUGAUGAAAGCUAUCGACCUGGCCUCACCAGGUGCCAACAAGUUGGUGGCAAUUAAGAAAGUCUCCCUUCGCACCAAACACGGCAGCAUUGCGACUCACACAUUGCGCGAAAUUAAAGUCCUUCAGCACUGUGACCAUGAAAAUAUUCUCACUUUACUCACCAUUUAUCCUGACCUCAAUGGCCUUGCGCUUGUGUUCGAUUUUAUGCCACAAACACUCCAGUCUAGACUUAAGGAUGAGGGGAAUCCAAUGAGUCGACAGGAAGUGAAGUCGUGCACCCGGAUGCUCCUCAAAGGACUCUCAUACUUGCACGAGAAAGGAAUUAUGCACAGGGACAUCAAGCCAGCUAAUCUGCUAAUAGAUGACAGUGGCCGGUUGAAGAUUGCCGACUUUGGCCUAGCGAGACUCUUUAUCGCCCUGAAAACUGCCGAAGAUGAGGCUGGUGUGUGCUUUUCCCCACAAGUGGCCAGCAGAUGGUACCGUGCUCCGGAACUUCUCUGGGGCAGUCAGAGGUAUGGGCCGCCUGUGGACAUGUGGGCUGUUGGUUGUGUCUUUGCUGAGAUGCUGAGAGGAGUACCACUAUUUCCGGGCAAUACUGACAUUGAACAAUUGGCACUUGUUGUGAGAACCCUGGGAACGCCACAUUCAGCCGAAUGGCCAGAAAUUCAUCAGUUGCCCGACUUCAACAAAAUCAGCUUUCCUCACUCGAAGGGCGAAAAGUGGGAAUCGAUCUUUCCCAGCUGCACAACACCCCAGGAAAUCAGUCUUGUGGAUAAUUUAGUUACAUAUAAUCCGAAAAAAAGAUUAACGCCGGACCAGGCACUUCAUCAUGAAUAUUUCAAUUGAGCACCGCCUUCUGGCCAUCACUGCCAUCAUCCAAGCACACAACUGACUGUAUAAGGAUGGUUUUGGAUGGCCAAGAAUUCAUCAGAGAUUGUAUUGUAACAAGAAAUUGUUGGUGAGUGCGAGAAUAUGCUGUGAAUAUGUUUUCAUGAUUUUUUUUCCGUCUCCAUCAGCUUCUUCCUCAAAAACAGAAAAAAAGACUGAGUUUGGGGUGGACGCGUCUAUGUAUUAGUCCUAUUAUCUAUAUCAGAGCAAAAUAAACUCAUAAAAUAUGAUUAUUGAUUUAAUAUAUAAAUAUAGCGACACAAGAAGAGCUCUCACUUUUCCAUAUAAAAUACAAUAUCUCUCUACCAACGACCCUCGAUAUAUUUAUUGACAUGGCAAAAAGUGUCUGCAAAAGAAACUGAGGAUAUUCACGAAGACUCUGACACGAGUCUAAUAAAAAAUUACGCAAUCACGACCUCCGUUCCGGUCUCAACAAAUCUUUU